AUGUCAACUUCAACUACGGUUCAAACCAAUUCAUCAAAUGUUGUUGAAGAACCAAUUUCUUUAUUACAACAUGAAUUGAUUAAUUCUGAGUUUAAAAUUUCAAGAUCAGAAUCAAAUUCAAGAUCUUUCAAUUUUGAUUUAUUAAAAGAUCAUAUCCCUCAAUCAAGUAUUGUUUCAUUAGAUACUCCAUAUAGCGAAGCAUUGAUUUCAAAGGCAUUAAAUGAAGAAAUUUCUAAAAUUAAUUAUGAAACUUGUGAACCAGGUGCUGAAGAUUCAUUUUUUGUUUGUGAUUUAGGUAAAAUUGAAAGAUUAUUUAAAAUUUGGAAACAAUCAUUACCAAGAGUUCAUCCAUUUUAUGCAGUUAAAUGUAAUCCAAAUCCAGAAGUUUUAAAAUUAUUAGCUAAAUUAGGUGCAAAUUUUGAUUGUGCUUCAAAGGGUGAAAUUGAAUUGAUUUUAUCAUUAGGUAUUGAUCCUUCAAGAAUCAUUUAUGCACAUCCGUGUAAAGUUGGUUCAUUUUUAAGAUUUGCUCAAAAGCAAAAUGUUGGUAUGACUACAUUUGAUAAUGCAGAUGAAUUAUACAAGAUUAAGAAAUUUCAUCCAAAUUGUAAAUUAUUAUUAAGAAUUAUUACAGAUGAUGAAAGUGCUCAAUGUAGAUUAAGUACAAAAUAUGGUGCACCAUUAUCAAAUGUUUCAAAUUUAUUAAAUUUGGCUAAAGAAUUAGGUUUAAACAUUGCAGGUGUUUCAUUCCAUGUUGGUUCAGGUGCAAGUGAUAAUGAAUCAUUAAUUAAAGCUGUUCAUGAUUCAAGAAAUGUUUUCAACAUUGGUAGAUCCAUGGGAUUCAAUAUGAAUACUUUAGAUGUUGGUGGUGGGUUUUCAUAUGAAUCAUUUGAUCAUGCAUCUAAGGCAUUGAGUGGUGCCUUGGAUAAAUUCUUCCCUGUUGAAUAUGGUGUUAAUAUCAUUGCAGAACCUGGUCGUUAUUUUGUUGCUAAUGCAUUUACUUUAGCAACACAUGUUAUUGCAAGAAGAGGUGGAAUCUUUGAUCAACAACAAUCAGAUGAACCAACAAUGAUUUAUAUUAAUGAUGGUGUUUAUGGUAAUAUGAAUUGUAUUUUGUUUGAUCAUCAACAACCUGAAGCUCAUGUUUUAACAAAUCGUGAUGAAUUUUUAUUUGGUGAAUUAAAUCAAUCUUCGAAUGAUAAAUUUAAAGUUUCAAUUUGGGGUCCAACUUGUGAUGGAUUAGAUUGUAUUAAUAAAUCUACUUAUUUAUCACAUAAUGUUGUUGUUGGUGAUUGGUUAUAUUUCCCAAAUUUGGGAGCUUAUACCUCAGCUGCUGCUUCACCAUUUAAUGGGUUCAAAGCUGAUGCUAAUACGGUUUAUAUCAACUCUGAGAGAUAUUUUGUUUAG